AUAAGAUUUGCAUAUCUUUAAAAAGGAAAGUUUCCCAAACUUGAUACACAAGAAACUUUUCCUUAUAUAUUUCCCUCUUUUUUGUUUACUUAAUAGUGUUUGAAUCAUUUGUUUCACAGCAAAAUUAAACGAAAUAAUUGUUCAACAAUGGCUUCUUCUUAUUCUUAUAGUCAUGUUGCCCUUGUUGAGAGAGAGUUUCCUGCUCACCAUAUUUUCAAUAUUAUUAUUGAACAAACUCCUCCCAACACCAAAUUGCAAAUUUCAAAGGCAUUUUGGGUGAAAUAUUGUGAGUCCUUAUCCAAUCAAGUAUUUCCUAAGCUUCCAUGUGAAUCAAAAGAGGAGGUAGAGUUGACCAAAACUAGUGAUGGAAAGGAGAACAAUGUUGUUGAUAUUGGCGAUUCUAAUGAAGAUUCAGACUCUCGGCCCAACAAGAUAAGGAAAACUAGUCCUUAUGGUAAUUCUGAAGCUGCAAAUAAAAUAAAACCAGUAUCUGAAGCAAAUACUGAUCAUGACAAUCAAGGCAUAGGCACUAAUAAUAAUAAUAAGAGGCCUUCAUCUAAAGUAGCCACCGAAUUCUUCACAGACAAUCCUUACUUCCAAGUGAAAUUGAGAGCGCAUCAAUUGCGUAGAAAUGGAAAUUUGUAUAUUCCAGUGGCUAUUGCAAACUCUUGGUUUGAGAAAAAUGCACAAAUUGUGAGUCUUUGGGUUGGUGAGGAAUAUUGGCAUGUGAAUUUAACUAUUAAUAAGCAAUCAGAGCAUAGGUUUUCUUCUGGAUGGGCUACAUUUGCAAGAGACAACUCUCUUCAGAAAAGUGAUGUAUGCAUCUUUGAGCUGAUCAACAAGAAUCAAACUGAGAUCAAAGUUACCAUAUUUAGACAAAGUGAAAGUAGUAUGACUCAACAAUAAACUCUUGUAAUUAUACCAAAUCUUCUACUUAUACAAUUUAUCCCAGCUGAAGGAGUUUUGUUUUUUAUAACCAACCCUUAAUCAAUAUCAGAACUAAAAUGGUUGCUAAUUAUUGUACAUGUUAUUAGUGUUUUCUUAAUUUGUAAUUAAUUCUCUUAAGCCAUGCAUGC